AAUAAUACAAAUAAAUAGUAUGGUAAAUAAUAAUAAUAAUAAUACACUGCCUACAGGGGUAUUCUUAUUAGUAUGAAUUGUGUGUGAAUGCAUCCAUAAAAUCCCUCUUGGCGAGACAAUAUUUGACGUUAGCUUCAGAGAAUAAUGCUAUUGGCCAGUAGCGUGAAGGCGAGUCAGGUGAUUCCUAAGGAAGAGAGAGAGAGAGAGAGAGGGAGAGACGCGCCCUAAGCGGAUGCUUCGGUACACGCUAGUUUUGGGUUGUCCGCUCGCUCGCGGGUCUCAGAGCCGGUUUCAGCACUACAGUCAAUGGGAACAGCUCUCUUUUGCUUUGCCUCAGUUCCGUGACAGCCCCGAGAGACGCGUCGAGAUCCGCGCGUGCGUUAACGGGAGUGAGGCAAGUCGUACCGCAUGCUGGAGCUUCGACUCGUCACGGACUCGCUUGCAGACGCCGAAGCUCGCACCACCGUGCGCCGGCUCUGACGCGUGAUGGCGGAGUGCGGGCGGAGGGCGCUGUCGCUGCUCGAGGCGGCCCGCUCGCGCUACGAGAGCCUGCAGAUUUCGGACGACGUGUUCGGCGAGUCGGGAGACGACAGCAGCGAGAACCCGUUUUACAGCACCACCGGAGACUCCAACUCGGACAGCUGUGCGGAGGCGAGCGAGAGAGCGAGCGGUGCAGGGGCCGGCGGCACGCGCGCUCCUCCUCCCGGCUCGGCCUCUGCUGGACAUGCGGAUCUGAAAGAGGGAGAAGAGGAGGACGGAUGGAACGAUGUGUUACAGGACACCGACACCCCCCUCUAUAAAGACACACACGGUCCCACACAGAAAAUCCCGGCCACCGCCACAGCUAUGGAUUUCUUCCAGCUCUUCGUACCUGACAAUGUUAUUCAGAACAUGGUGACUCAGACCAACAUGUAUGCUAAGAAGUACCAGGACCGCUUUGGCAGUGAUGAAGGCUGGACCAACGUGACGCCGGCUGAGAUGAAAGCCUUCCUGGGCUUUGUGAUCUCCACCAGUGUGCACCGCUGUGAAUCCGUCCUGAGCAUCUGGAGUAGCGGCUUCUUCAGCAACCGCAGCAUAGCACUCAAAAUGAGUCAGGCACGCUUCGAGAAGAUCCUUAAGUACUUCCAUAUCGUAGCCUUCCGUUCAAGCCAAGGAGGUAACCAGGGCCUGUACAAGAUCCAGCCCUUCCUGGAUUCCCUGCAGCAGAGCUUCAGCUGUGCCUUCCGGCCCUCACAAACACAGGUUCUGCAUGAGCCCCUGAUCGAUGAGGACCCUGUGUUCAUCACCACAUGCACAGAGAGGGAGUUGCGCAAGAGGAAGAAGAGGAAGUUCAGCCUGUGGGUGCGACAGUGCAGCUCCACUGGCUUCAUCUGUCAGAUUUAUGUACAUCUGAAGGAGGGUUCUGGUUCAGAUGGACUCGAUACACUGAAAAACAAACCGCAGCUCCACAGCCUGGUGGCCAGGCAGCUCUGUCAGAACCUGUCUGGACGUAACGCCAUCAUUUUCACCGGGCCCAGCAUCACCAGUCUCAGCCUGUACCAGGAGUUUGAGAAUCAGGAUAUCUACUGCUGUGGGUUGCUAAGCACCAGGAAGAGUGACUGCACCGGGCUGCCUGCAUCCAUGCUGCGUAACCCUGAAGGCCCUCAGCAGCGUGGCCAGUCCCACAUCAAGAUGAAGGGCAACAUGUCACUCAUCAGCUGGUUCAACAAGGGCAACUUCCGGUUCCUCUCCAAUGCCUACUCACCCAUCAAGCAAGGUGUGAUCAUUAAGAGGAAGAGUGGAGAAAUCCAAUGUCCUCUGGCUGUGGAAGCUUUCGCUGCACACCUCAGUUACAUCUGCAAAUACGAUGACAAGUACAGCAAGUACUUCAUUUUCCAUAAACCCAACAAGACGUGGCAGCAGGUCUUCUGGCUCACCAUCAGUAUCGCCAUCAACAAUGCCUACAUCCUGUACAAGAUGUCCGACGCAUAUCACGUCAAACGCUAUAGCCGUGCCCAGUUCGGCGAGAGGCUCGUCAAAGAGCUACUGGACUUGGACGACUGCUCACCUACAGAGUGAAGUGACCGCAUGCUGUCUAACACACACCCCCACACACACACACACACACACACAGCCAAUCACGCAUAGACAGUGACAGCUACUGACCUGCGGCUGUUAGGCUCACGAUAAUUUUCACACCUUCUAUCUGUGACGAAUCAAAGCCGUGCCAAGUGUAUUUAAAAUCAGCAUUCCUCACAGUCUCUCCAUGAUAAGCCUCCCUCCUACUGUACACCACAGGACCCUGUAUAUAAGCCAUCCGACUGUCUGUGUAUCCUUCUGCUGCAUGACGAAUGUGAGUGUACGACCCUGUCAAUGUGUAAUGAUUUUUAUGACACAGUGUUUGUGUAGUUUGACCCCGUAGUUUCCCCCUGUGGUAAAGCGUCUUUGCUCCCGUUUUGGAUUUGCUCCUGUACGUCGCAAGGACAACAUGCAGCACUGAUUUAAAAAUAAAUAAAUAAAUAAAUAAAUAAAUAAUAAAAACACACACAGCGAUGAACAUUCCUAAGUGUAAAUGAAGAAUGUAGUGUCAUAUACAUUCAUUGAAAUGGAAGCAUCAAAGUCUUCCAAAAUUUCUUGUGAUUUUGUAAUAUAGCUUAGCUGAUACAGUUAAGUGCAAAAGUUUGCAUACCCUUAGGACAAAAUGAAGAUGAUUUAUAACGGCAAGACAUUAUUACAUUACACACGUGUUUCCUGAGAGUGGUAAAAAGACAAAUAGUGUAUGUUGAGAUAUUAGUAUUGUGUGUGUGUUAUAAUCGCCCUUGCUAAUAACUUAUAUUUCCACCCUGUACCUUAAUAGCUGCCUCGAAUCUCAUCCAUGUGCUCUGAACAGCUUUUGGAAUAGCCCUGAUUUUAAUAUUUGUCUCCCCACAGUCUUCCUGAUAUAUCUGGAAGAUAUUCUGUCUCUGCUGGAUGAAUUGGCCAGUCUUUUGCCCAUUCUAGUGACAUAUCUAUUAAAAUUUUGUCCGAGGUCAUGCGCAGCCUUGAUUUAAAUCAGGUAUGUGGACUGAGAGGGUUAUGUCAAAACUUCAUUUCAAACUAUUUUCUGUUCAGUUUUUAUCUUAGUGGUAUUAUAUUUUCUGUACAUAAACUUAAAAUAUGCAGAGGUGCCAACAAUUACAGUUAAGCCACAGCAUUAUUAUUAUUAUUUUUUUACCCUUGGGCAGGAUUAUGGUCUCUUCGGUCGAAAAGAAAUGGAGUCGAUAUUUAUUUCUUGGACAAAACUCGUUCUCCAAGACUGCCUUGUCCACUGACAUGCAUACAUACUGCCAGUAUUUUCUUGUUAGCAAUGUUGGCACCUCUGAGUACAUUUUUAAACAUACUCAGAAACCAAUGGGGUAUAAAAACUUUUGCAUUGAACUGUACCUAUUAUUUAUUCCCGUGAAAGUCUUUCCUGAUUCAGCCUGAUUUAAAAUAUGGUCACAUUUGUGUGAAAUGUUAAAAAAAAAAAAAACAUGCACUUUCCCUUUCGAUUUUUGCACUUUGGAUUCCAAGGGAAAUGUAUAAAACAGACCAAAAUAACACGAUGACUCAGAAUAAAUGUGAAUAUGGAUUUAUGUGGAUUUUCUGAGGCCUGAGGAGGAAAAGUGUGCGCUCUUCGUCCCAUUAUCAUUAUCCACAUUAUCAUCCAUCCAUUAAUAUUCAUGCUUUGAGAAAUUUGAAUGCAGGAGCAAAUGAGCGUAAAUGAGACGAAUGCAGAUUGUAAAUAGAUUUCAUUGUGUGUAUCAAGUUAGGGUUGGUGUAAAUGUGAUGUUAGGCUGAGUGAGGUUAUCAAGGGACUGAUCCCUGCCUGCGAAAACGAGCGAAGAAGUUGGUAAAGGUUAUGAAAUGGCAAUGAGAUGCUUCUUACAUUUCAAAAUGACUCUGAUGAACUGUUCUGACAGGAAUGUGGCUGAAUAUUUAUCUGAAAACUCCAUCAGGACCCAGAAACGAUGGAUGAUGUUUUCCUAGUGGUUAGGCAAUGUGUAACAAAAUCUGAAGGGAUUUCAGUAACACUUUAUUGGAAGGCUAUCUACUGUACAUCAUAAGAGUGGACAAGUCAGUAACCCUGGACAAGCAGAUUUCACCACCGGACUUUUGUUGUUGUUGUAAAUUAUAGUUACUUGAUAGACAAGAUAUUGUGUUCUGCAAAAGUUUUCAUUUGGUGUGUUUAAUAUGGUGGUGCAAUGCGCUUUGCUGCUUUAACGACAGUGUGCACUUCCGAAUCUGGUUGAUGGAUGAACAGUUUUUAAUAGGCCGAUUAAUUAGUGUUAUAACAUGAAUGACGGAUCUGUUCAGAAACAGAAAAAUUCAGGUGUCGAAACUGGUGCUAGCCAGACUCAAAUAAUAUUUUCAUGGAGAUGCAAGGAUAGAACACAACUGCUAAUAGCUUAAACGUUUGCCAAACACAACCGAAUAUUCAUUCAUUUUCCUUACUCUGUAUUACUGCACUUAACAAGCUAACUGGCUUUUCAUACAUCAUUCAAUUAUAUAAGUUAAACAUCUGUAUCUGUAGAUCAUCUGGCCAAUAGAUUUUCAUAUACACCUUUUCUAGGAAUUUUAUUCAGCAGUUAUGUAUGCCAUGAAAUAAUAAUUCUGCUCAUGGCCUUCAGACAAAGCGUCCCUGAAGAUUCAGUAAUGAGUAAAAGUCUAAAAGCAAUGUUGGAUGCUCUGCUUUGUACACUUGUAGUUUUGCUUGUAAGUUCUUCCAUAUCACUGUGCGAUGGCUACAUAUGACACUGACCCCCUGACGGUGUCUCAGAUGGAUGCCAAAGGAAUGCUGAUGCAUAUAAAUUGUUGGAUGGAAAUGCUUAAUAAGUCAGAAAGGCAGCAAAUUUGUCUAUAUACAAGAGAGCAGCUCUACCAGACUCUAUUGCUCUUGAAGAUAUGGACUCAAAACACACUGAAGCCAUGUCAAAUCACUUUUUUCCCCACUUACCCUGGACCUGUUUACUGCAUCACUGCUUUAUUGCUGUCAUCACCUGCUCUUCUGUCCCAUGUUUUCAGUAACGUGGAAAAGCAGCAUGCUGAGAAGGGGUAGUUAAACAUGGCGCAUGCUCUUUAUGGUCAGUCUGUACAAAGUAGGACGAUAUGUGGUGUUAAGUAUAUUAAGUAUAUUUUGGAUCUGUAUAUUUUUGUUGAAGGCAAAAUGAUUGUUUAAUCUUUUUCUAGAUGUCUUUUUUUUUUUUUUUUUUUUUAAAUAUACUUUUAAUUCGUCCAGUAGUAGAGGUGUGCACAGGGCUGUUUUUUUUGUUCCAGAUUCUGCCCAAGGAAUUUUGACUCGCCCUAUCCUGAACGAAUUCUGACCCUUCCUGCCCACUCUCAAAAGAAUUUUUACCUAACCUGCCCAUUCCCAAAGAAAUUCUGACCAAUCUUACUCAUUAUCAAUCAAAGGAAUACUGUUUGAUCCCACACCCACUCCAAAAGAAAUUGUGACUGAUCCUGCCCCAUCCACAAGGAAUUCUGAACAAUCCCACCCACUCUCAAAAUAAUUAUAAACGAUCCUGCCCCCUCAAUCAUUAAUUCUGAUCAAUCUUACCCACUCCAGUGUCAUGCAGCUCAAGCAAUCCCACUGUGUCUGUUCCUGAUGCACACCUCUAGUCAUGAGUGCUUUAUUAAUAUGAUUACAUUGUGUACAUUUCAAGAUCUUCUAGAAAGACCCUUGAUAUGUUAAAUCACAGAAUUGUCAGAUAGCACUUUAAAAUUCUAAGGUCUUGUAUAUUUCUAUUCCUUGUCCUUAUUUUAAAUACUUUUGGUGGUAGCUUUUGUUUCACAUUAUUGCAUUGUUUUUGUACUGCUGACCACCUGCAAUGCCAACGAUCUUGAUCUAAUACAUAAAUGACUGCCACUAAUGCUUAUUUCCUGUGAUGCAACAGAUGAUCUGAAAACAUGAAUGAAUGGCUUUAUGGGAUUAGUACCCCGUUUCCUCUCACUAUACUGUUCAGACAGAGGCAUGGAGGAUGAGAAUGGACUCCACUGGUAGAACAUUAUGAUGAGUCUGAUGUAAAUCUCAGGACUCCUCUGUCCUCGUGAAAGCUUAGUCUAGGGAAACCUCAGGGUUUUUAAACUACAGUGAUGUACUGCAGUGCAAUAGAUUAUAACCUGGAGGAGGAGGAUAGUAAAUACUGGCUGGGGUGCUUAUAAAACCAUGCUUACAGCUGGUGAAAACUCUUUAGGAUUUGCAAAUAUAGCUUGAUAAAAACCUGUACCUAUAAAGUCAAAACGAAUCCUCAUACGCUGCUAAUUACCUGUGCUGUAUGAUAUAGACCUAUGUACAGUUGACUGGCAUCAAAGCUGAGCAUCUGCAGUGUGUGAGGAGGAAAACAUCUACACAAACAUUUGAAUUAUUUGUUUUUCGUUAAUAAUUAAGACCUGAUCAUUUACAUUGAACCAAAUGUCAAAAAAAAUGAUAGACAAGAACAAUUUAACAUUGUACAUAAUCUCUAUCUAUGAAGUUCACAGCAGAGAAGGACUGUAGUGACUGUGGUGUGUGUUGCUGUAAAACCCUUUGUGCGUCUUCCCAUUCUGAAUGUUGAUGAAGAACCUGUGUGCAAAUGUUGUGUAAUUUUCACCCAUGAUUGCAACACUCCUGUCUGAUCUUUCCUUAACCUUUUUCUCCUCACCUUUGUCAGUGCAACUAUACACCAAUUUGCACACAAAUAAACGAACAUUACUCUUUUUAUUUAUUUUUUUACACUA